AUGAGUUUAAUGUGUUCUUAUUUGAAAGCUAAAUAUGGAAUCUAUUUGGAUACCUCUAGUGAUAGUGAUGAAGAAGAGAAAGCUUUGUUGAUGUUUACACAACUAUGUUUGGAUGAACGAUUGCGUAUAAUUAGACAACCUGUACCAAGGGAGGUACAGACACGUAGUGUAAUAACGCGUGAUCGAGUGUGGCAUGAUGCCAAAAUGAUGAAUGAUUAUUUUACUCCUGGAACCGGUUAUACCUCUAGACAAUUCAAACAACGUCUAGGCAUGAGGGAAGACUUAUUCGAGAAAUUGUUAGGAAAAUUGCUUGUAGUUGAUCCGGAAUGGAAUCAACGUCCGGAUGCAACCUGUCAUACGGGGCAUUCUCCGCAUAUAAAAUUAGUUGCGGUGAUGAAAUUUUUAUGCAAAAGUACGCCAGCUGAUAGUGUUGACGAUUACACUCGUAUGGGUGCCACCACAAUAUACAAGUAUCUAAAACUAUUUUACCACACCGUUUGCAUGACUUUUGGAGAAAGAUAUUUGCGUGAACCCACUCCUGAAGAUGUUCAGAGGUUGCUAGCUGAGAAUGCGGAUCGAGGUUUUCCUGAAAUGCCUGGUAGUGUUGAUUGUAUGCAAUGGCCAUGGAAGAAUUGUCUGGUAGCUUGGCAAGAAACUUACCGGGGUAAAGAUAAAGAGAGUAGUUUGGGUGUAGUACCUCCAUGCAAUUAUGUCAUCAAUGGUCACCACUACAAUAUGGGUUAUUUCUUAGCCGAUGGUAUCUAUCCAAAGUUGACUAUAGUUGUACAAGCUUUUUCUCAAACAUUGGACAUUCCCGACUAUGUGAGGUUCAACAAGUAUCAAAUGGCUAAAAUAAAGGAUGUCGAGCGUGCUUUUGGAGUGCUUCAGGAUAAAUUCAGAAUUGUCGGAUCUCCCUGUAAGUAUUGGAACUAA